AUGCUGCCUUUCUCCGGCCGUGCUGCCCUGGAAGAGAUUCGUCGGCAGGGCCUCUCGCACUUUGGCUCCCCAUGUCUCCCUCACUUGGGGCCACAAGAGUCUCAGGUUCGUCCACAUUCUCACUCACUCGGGGAUGGUCGUAGGUGGAAUAUCACAGAAGAAAUGCCGGACCUCGUCCGUGUUCUGAAGCUGCAGCUUCCCCCAAAGAUGGGAAAUGGCGGGCGGGAGAUGGGAAAGAUCCGCGCCUCGGAGUUUGCGCGACCCCGUCGGAUCCCCGGAGUGGAAGGAAUUCAACUGCAAGUUCAGAAGCCCUGCGACAAACUGUCCAUAACAUCCUGGGAACAACGAUACUGCUGUCUCUUGCCAUCGGAUUUACGCAACUUCUACCUCGCACACGAUGGAUUCGAGCUGUCCUGGAAGUGGAAACCCAAGCAAGGUGAAGCGUUUCCUUUGGGUCUCAUGAAGAUCAAUUCUCUAUCGAGACUCAGACGAAUCAGACACAACUACUAUGGUCAGUCCGAAAUGACCGAGGGGAGCGUUUACCAUGAUUCAUCCCUCCAGCAACAGAUCUCUGAGAUGACAGGAUUUUCUGGAAGGUGGAAGGCCUACGAAUUGGAUUCUUGCAACGGGAAGGGGAAGGUGUGCCUCGUGUACGGACAGAAAGGAGAGGACCUGAAACUACCACCACCCACCGAGGCCCAGAUCUGGUUCAUGGACGUGUCCUACGACUGGCACUAUCUUGCAUCCAGCUUCACUCAUUACUUUCGGAUGAUGCUCAUGAAUCUCGGCCUACCCUAUUGGCAAUACUCCUACACGAGUGUCGGUCAACCCGUUCAGGCACAGUUCUUUGCAGCCUUUCUCCUCGGCUUUUUACGGACUCGUGUUCUCGUUUCUGGACAACCUCUAACGCCUCCGUACUUCAAUUUGGCCGAGGGGCGGCGAGUCACGGCUACCGCCACCUGUGGCGAGGGCGUGAAUGAGCCCGAACUUUACUGCAAACUUGUCGGUGCCAGUGUCGAAAAGGGAGAUGUCAAUAUUAAUCUGAUUCAGGGACAGGUUUGUGAUUAUUGUGAUCCAAGCAAUGGCACCCUUCUUCAUUCUCCGGAGUAUGCAGUGGAUGGUACGGAGAGAUGGUGGCAAUCUCCGCCACUUUCCAGGGGACCCAAAUACAACGAAGUUAACCUCACCAUCGAUUUGGGACAGGUCAGUUUCCCCAUCGAUACCGUGGUUCCCUCCGAUCGUCGCCCACGCUAA